AUGCAGUGCGGUGAUGGGAGCUGUGUGUGGGAGUCUCAGUGGUGUAACGGCGUGACGGACUGCCCUGCAGGCCAGGAUGAAAGUAACUGUGUGAGGCUGCAUGGCUCCAGUUUCCUGCUGCAGAUCUACUCGACUCAGACUAAAGACUGGAGGAGUGUUUGUUCUCACGGCUGGACCGACCAGCAGGGGAGGGCAAGCUGCCAGAACAUCGGCUACAGCAGGGGCACAUACUUUAAAUCAGGCCAACAGACGACCGACUCUGGUGGUCGAUUUUUAACAGUGAAGUCUGAUUUCAUUCCUCAGACAUUCAUAUCCCAACAGCUUGUAUUGAGCAACACGUGUCCCAACAACAGUGUGGUGACAUUGCGUUGUACUGAUUGUGGCAGCGGUGUGAACUCCAGCAAGGCCUCUCGGGCCAGUUUGGCCUCUGUGGGCUCCUGGCCGUGGCAGGUCAGCCUCCAAGUUGCAGGCGUUCACCGCUGCGGAGGAGCCAUCAUCUCCCCUUACUGGAUAGUCACUGCAGCACACUGUGUGGUCAGGACCUCCAGUCCUAGAGACUGGUCUGUGUAUGCUGGGAUAGUGGAUCGAUUGAACACUCUGUUCAAACCUGCUUACUCUGUCAGUCGCAUUAUAAUGCAUGAAGGCUUCAACAUACUGACUCGCAAGAAUGACGUCGCUCUUAUGAGGCUCUCCAAACCUCUGGAUGUUGCAGGUGCUUAUAGACAGAUUCACAGACACAGGUUUGCUCCAAAGAAGGAACAUAUUUAUCAGAUGAACAACAAAGAAACACUGAGCAAAGUUAAUGUCAGCACCCUGUUCUAA